CUGCCUCAUCUCAGACAAGAUGUGUGUUGUGUUCUGAUGGAGGAGUCUGUUUUCUGGGUAGUUUGCGCUCUAUGUGUUGAUUCUGAGGGGUCAUGGCAAAUAACCAGCAAGUACAGUUUUUUCUUGAUGAUUUUUGACAAAAAUUGCCUUUUAUAUGGUGAUAAUCGACCAAACCAGUAUUUUGCAGUCACUGAUUGAUGUUUAUGCUGAAGAAGUGGACUUAUUAACCGAGGAUUCUUUCUUUAAUCAACAUCAAAGCACUUUUGGACUACAAAUUAUUUGCCUCGCGAGUAUUAGCCACCGUUACGUGGGCUGCGGAUGCCUUUUGGGCUUCACCGUGGAGACUGGUGAAAGCGUGUCACAUGACACAUGGUGCCAGACUUCAGGGUUGCACUAUUAGGUGGCCUGCCAACUGCAGAGGGGGGCAGAGAGGCUCCCUUCUCCUCUGGAUUCACGUCCAUGCCAAACCAGCUGGUCAACGUUGUCCUCUGCGCUGCCUCCUAUGCCUCUUACGCCUCCUGCUGACCCGGGUAACAACUCUGACAUUUACACUAGACUGGAUACUCAAGCGUGUUUGAAGCUAAUACUGAUCAGCAAAGAGGGGAUAAUUUUGGCUUGUGGUCUCAGAAUUGUUUCUGAUUCUGUUAAUUUGAUUAGAAUUUUGAUAAUUUUUUAAUCAAGCAGUUCAAAGUUAACUUUGAGUGAAUCCGGAGGCAGUGGUGUCUUAAAAAUUGAUUUGUCUCAAGUUGUGUUUGUUUGUCUGUUUGCUUGCUCGCUGUUUGCUUCAAGAGUUUUGUUAGUUGCUCGUUUGGUUUGACCAGUCUGGACAUAUUUAGAUUAUCAUGUAAGACAAGGAAAUAUUUACAUUUUUUAUUUCUGUGCUGUUGUCUCCUCCUGGCAUUUUUCACAACAUUCUCUUAGUUCUCUAUGUUUUCCUUCCAUCCAUGUCUGUGUUUUUAGGAAAAGGCAAAAACCUUCCUGAUGGAACCCCAAAAAGGGCGAUGCCUGUUUGUGUGAUAUCUCUUCAGCAGAGCGGCAACCUUUGUGAACGUAUCAAUCAAAAAUAAGAUAAACUAUAGCAAUACUUCACUAUAUGUAAAGAUACCAGGAACCGAAGAUGAACUGGGCGUCGUUUUACGCUGUCAUCAGCGGUGUGAACAGACACUCGACAGGCAUCGGUCGCAUCUGGCUCUCUGUCCUGUUCAUUUUCCGUAUCCUGGUCCUGGUGGUUGCAGCGGAGAGUGUGUGGGGCGACGAGAAGUCCGGCUUCACCUGCAACACCCAGCAGCCGGGCUGCAACAGCGUCUGCUACGACCACUUCUUCCCCAUCUCCCACAUCCGCCUGUGGGCGCUUCAACUCAUCCUGGUGUCCACCCCCGCCCUGCUGGUCGCCAUGCACGUGGCCCACCGGCGCCACGUCGACAAGAGGCUCUACAGACUUUCGGGGAGGACCAAUCCCAAAGACCUGGAGCAGAUAAAGACCCAGAAGAUGAAAAUCUCUGGGGCUCUGUGGUGGACGUACGUCAUCAGCCUGUUGUUCCGCAUCGUCUUUGAGGUGACCUUCAUGUAUCUGUUUUAUAUGAUCUACCCUGGUUACAAGAUGAUCCGGCUGGUGAAGUGCGACUCGUACCCGUGUCCCAACACGGUGGACUGCUUCGUGUCGAGGCCCACGGAGAAGACUGUCUUCACCGUGUUCAUGCUGGCUGUAUCGGGGGUUUGUAUUCUGCUCAACAUUGCGGAGGUGAUCUUCUUGGUGGGGAAGGCCUGCAGUAAGCAUCUGCACGCUGCUGGAGACUCGACUGUCGGGGCUUGGAUCCAACAAAAGCUCUGCUCAUACUAAUAGAACACACAGAUUUCACACUUGAACAAGGGGACGUGUAUGUGACCGUAAGAUGGUACUUUGAAGAAUUCCCACAGGAAUUACAGUUAACACAUCCUUUUAUGAACCCGAAGACGGCACUUUGUACUGACAUAAAAUAAUAGCUUGAUGUUAGGCCAAAAAAGAUGAAUUAAGUAACAUUUUAUGAUGAAAUAUGCCAACUUACCGCAUAGUAGGAUUUCAUUGUCAUGGAAGUUUAUAUCCACAAUUGUAAACAUUUGUUUGAUCUUGAAAUGAAUAUAAUAAAUCAUGAAAUGUGAUACAUGCUAUUUUAAAAUAAUCAGAAAAGUGUGGGGUAAAUAGGAUGUAGUAGUAUUUUUGGGCAUUUUCAUUUAUAAUAUUUUAUUAUUUACAUUAAAUAUGUUUGCAAACAUCCUUUGUUUGCCUUCACGCCUUGUAUUGGCUAGAGAAUUUUUUUUCUGCAGUCGAUAAAAGAUAGAUUGACUCAUACAUGAACGACUUGUUAAAUCAAGUUUUUGUUGAAUACUGAUUCCUUACUUCCAUUGGAUAUAUAAAAAUGCAAACAAGUCA